AUGGAAGAAGAUCAAAGUAUAUACAUAUAUAAUGUUUAUUAGACUUAGUCUCAUUAUCAUUACUCAAUGAUGAACAAGAUUAGAAAUUGUUAGAAAGAAUUUCAAGCAAGAGUAAAAAAAUUUUCAAAAUUAUCUAUCCAAACAAGUAUUGAUUAUUCUUAGUAUGCUUUUAGUAAAUAAUUAAUUAAAUACAAAAUUUAUAAUCGAAAGGAAAAAAGUUUGGAGGAAUUGAGUAAGAAGUUUGUUAGUUGCCUAAUUGAUUAUGAUGAGAAAAUUAUAUGUUUGGAUUAGAUCACUGAAGAAUUGGGGGUUGAAAGAAGAAGAAUAUACGAUAUAAUCAAUAUACUUGAAAGCUUGCAAGUAGUUAAAAGAAAAUGUAAAAAUAAAUAUUGUUGGAGUGGAUUCAAAACUAUUUAUUAAACAAUUGAAUAAUAUGCAAACAAAUAAUCUGACUUAGACUUAACUACACAUAAAAGAGAGAAAUCUUUGGAAGUGCUAUCAGCUGGGUUUAUUAAGUUAUUUAUGUAAUAAAAAUCAAUUUGGACAUUGGAAGAAGCUGCUAAAUAUUUAGGAAAUGAAGUUGAUCAAAAUAAAUUAAAAACAAAAGUAAGAAGAUUGUAUGAUAUUGCAAAUGUUUUAAAAUCAAUUGGAUUAAUUAAGAAAACUCAUUUGACAUCAUCUAAGAAACCUGCAUUUUAAUGGGUUGGUAAAGAAGGGUUAAAAUUAUUUUAUUAAAAUUUAAAAUAACGUGAAAUGAAAAAUUAAACUCAAUAAAUUAAGGAGAAUAUUGCAAUAAUACCUACUCCUUAAAUUUAAAAUGUGAAUAAACCAGAUAGUUUUAAUUCUUAUAAUUAAUAUGUUGGCAAAUGCAUCGAUAUGCUGAUUUAGCAAUAAUUAAACGAUAGAAAACAAUAAACUGAAUAGAAAAUUAAAGAAUAAAAUUAAAAUUAAGUCUCUGUUAUUACUCCGAAGUUAAGAAAAACAUAUACAAUAAUUCCUCCCAGAGUUACUACCCCUAAAAAGGUUUUAUCAAAUACUCCUAAAAAAAAUCAAUCGAAUAGCCAUACUCCUAAUAAUAACAAAACUGUAGUUGGUUCUCUUAUAGGGAAGUUUAAUUAAAACUUGUGA